UUUCCGUGGUUUCUUUGCACAGCUGCUGCCCCUAUCGGAAUCUGCUACGGUCGCGUCGCCAACAACCUUCCACCGCCCUCAGACGCCGUGAAUCUCAUCAAAACCAAUGGUAUCUCAAGCGUUCGACUAUUCAACCCUGACCCGGAGUCACUAAAGCCGUUUUCCGGCACCGGAAUCCAACUCACUAUCGGAGUCCCCAACGAAGAACUCCCUUCCAUCGCCACCAGCACCGCCACCGCCGCUCAGGAAUGGCUUCAAUCCAAUAUCUUCGCCCACGUCCCAGCCGAUCAAAUCCGGUACAUAGUCGUCGGAAACGAAGUAUUUCUAAAAGACCCAUUUUACACACCCCACGUGCUCCCCGCCAUUUCAAACAUUUACGAAGCUUUAAAAUCUAUCGGCCUAUCGGAAAAGAUUAAAAUCUCAUCAGCACAAGCAGCUUCGAUUCUCUCAAACUCCUACCCUCCAUCAUCUUCAUAUUUCGACGCGAAUAUCUUACCAGAUUUAAACCGACUCCUUCAAUUCCUCCACGACACAUCAUCGCCAUUAAUGGUGAACGUGUACCCUUACUUUAGUUACAUAAACAACCGGGAAUUCGUGUCGUUAGACUCUGCUUUAUUCAGACCUGGGAAUUCAUUGCAUGACCAGGAUCUGGUUUACGAUAAUUUGUUUGAUCAGACGGUUGAUGCGUUCAUAUACGCGAUGGAGAGAGAAGGGUAUGGUGAGAUCCCGGUGGUGGUGACGGAGACAGGGUGGCCGACCGCGGGCGGAGAAGCGGCGAGCGGGGAGAAUGCAUUGUGUUACAAUGGGAAUGUUGUGAAAAGGGGUUUGGAUAACGUUGGUACACCCAAAAGGCCUGGGAUCGGUGUGGAGGUUUUCUUGUUUGACUUGUUUGAUGAAGAUGAAAAAAAGGGGAAUGAAUUCGAGAAACAUUUUGGGAUUUUUGGGGUUAAUGGUGUCAAAGCAUAUGAUCUUAAUUUUCAGUGAACAAAACUCAAAAAUAUGAAUAUUUCACCACAUAAGCUCGUCUUGUAUGAAUUCGAUAGUUCAUAUUUCAUAGAUGUGUUUUUUGGAAUUACUUUGGGCUUUUAGAGCUUAAUAUCGGCCCGUUUACCGUUUUUUUUUUUCUUUUGUUUUCUAAUGUUAUUUAUUAAAUUUGGUAUUUUACUAUUUUACCCUUCUAACUUCUAUACUUUUGGCAUGUUGGGAAGUUUAUAAAUCGUUGGUUUGCGUCAUUGCGUGUAAAAAAUAAUUCAUGUGUUUUACCGUAUCAAUACCAA